AUGAGUGAUACACCUGUUACUUCAGAGUUCAGCUCAAGGCUCAGGAUCACACACUUCACUAGACAACUCAUUGAUAGAAUGAUCACUCAUUAUGAGAAAGCUUCUGACUUGCAAGAUAAGGCUGAGAUCAGUUUUCACCAGAGUAUGGAAUUUGAUGAUAAGACAACAGAGGAACUUCAGAACAAAGAAAAGCAGAGUCAAUCUCAACAUUCAUCUGCAGAAUCUAUGACUGCAGCUGAAAUCACUCAACAUCUCACUACAUCUGCACAAAGAGACAUCACAAGGAAUGAGUUGUGGAAAUACCAGAAGGAAGUCAAAUAUGCACUAAACAUCAAAUCAGUGACCACAUUUAAUGACUCUAAUUAUGAAGCCUGGCAUGUUGAUAUGUUGACUGAUGCAGAAGUUAUUGAUGAAACUGACAUUCUAUUGAGAACUUAA